ACCGCAAAGGCGCUACUAACCACAAAACUUGUGGACAGUCCGAAACCGGACACCAUUUCCCAUCUCCACUCUCCCUCCCUCUGUUCUCACAUGGUUCCUCGCAGCUCACACCCACAACAAAUAUGGCCAUCAUAAACCGUUGAACCCGCUUAAUUUAGUUCUCAAUUAUCACAUACCCUUUACACAAAUUUCCACAAAAUAUAGUUUUGAUUGAAAAAAUUGCGGUAGAAAAUGAGUCAUUUUGGAUAUGGUUGUGCUAUACAAUCCACCUCAAGAUAUGUUCUUUUAGGAAAUUCGAGUAACCCUACUUCAGUAUCAUCUGGGGGUAGUGAAUUUCUGGGUAAUUCUAUUAAAAAUUUCAGUUUUAGCAAAGUUUUUGGCAAAAGGCAAAGAUUUGGGCACUCCCCAUUAAAGGUUGUUUGUGUAGAUUAUCCCAGGCCAGAGCUUGAUAAUACAUCCAAUUUCCUGGAAGCUGCUUACUUGUCGUCGACUUUUCGAAAUUCGCCUCGUCCUCAGAAGCCAUUAGAAGUGGUAAUUGCCGGUGCCGGUUUGGCUGGUCUAUCCACGGCGAAGUAUUUAGCUGAUGCAGGUCACAAACCAAUAUUGCUGGAAGCAAGAGAUGUUUUGGGUGGGAAGAUAGCAGCAUGGAAAGACGAGGAUGGGGACUGGUAUGAGACAGGGCUACAUAUAUUCUUUGGGGCGUAUCCAAAUAUACAGAAUCUGUUUGGAGAACUCGGUAUUAACGACCGGUUACAAUGGAAGGAACACUCCAUGAUUUUUGCAAUGCCUAGCAAGCCUGGUGAAUUUAGCCGCUUUGACUUUGCAGAAGUCCUACCUGCACCAUUGAAUGGCAUAUGGGCAAUCCUAAAGAAUAAUGAAAUGCUAACCUGGCCUGAGAAAAUCAAAUUUGCUAUUGGUCUCUUGCCUGCAAUGGUUGGCGGACAGCCGUAUGUUGAGGCACAAGAUGGUUUGAGUGUCCAAGAGUGGAUGAGGAAGCAAGGCGUGCCUGAUCGUGUAACCGAUGAAGUGUUUAUUGCCAUGUCAAAGGCACUGAACUUCAUAAAUCCUGAUGAACUUUCGAUGCAGUGCAUCUUGAUUGCUCUGAACCGAUUUCUGCAGGAGAAGCAUGGUUCCAAGAUGGCUUUCCUGGAUGGCAGUCCUCCAGAAAGGCUGUGCAUGCCUAUUGUUGAGCAUAUCGAGUCACUUGGUGGUGAAGUGAUACUUAAUUCUCGUCUUAAGAAGAUAAAUUUAGCUCAGGACGGAACUGUGGAUAGUUUUUUGUUAACUAAUGGGAAAGAAGUUAGAGGAGAUGUUUAUGUAUCUGCCGCUCCAGUUGACAUCCUAAAGCUGCUUCUACCUGAUGAGUGGAAAGAAAUCCCAUACUUCAAGAAGUUGGACAAAUUAGUAGGAGUUCCGGUCAUUAAUGUUCACAUAUGGUUUGACAGGAAAUUGAAGAAUACUUAUGACCAUCUACUAUUCAGCAGGAGUCCUCUUUUGAGUGUCUACGCUGAUAUGUCGGUUACAUGCAAGGAAUAUUAUGAUCCAAAUCGAUCCAUGCUGGAAUUGGUUUUUGCACCUGCAGAAGAAUGGAUUUCCCGCAGUGACACUGACAUUAUCGAAGCAACAAUGAAGGAACUUGCCAAACUUUUCCCAGACGAAAUUGCAGCUGAUGGGAGCAAGGCUAAGAUCCUCAAAUAUCAUGUUGUCAAGACUCCAAGGUCUGUUUAUAAGACAGUUCCAGACUGUGAGCCUUGUCGGCCACUGCAAAGAUCACCACUAGAAGGUUUCUAUUUAUCUGGUGAUUACACAAAGCAAAAAUAUUUGGCUUCAAUGGAAGGUGCUGUUUUAUCUGGGAAGUUUUGUGCACAGGCUAUUCUACAGGAUUAUGAUUUGCUUGUUGCUCGGGCGCAAAGAGAAUUGGCAGGGGCAGGGAAUGUCUAACACUGAAAUUCUCGACAUUCACCAUUAUUUACAUCAUUGGAGAUUUGGAUUGGUGAUCUGAUUAUUCAUACAUAUUCAUAUCGAUAUUCAACAACGCAAACUGUAUUCUGGCGGCACUAUAAGUUGUUGAUUGAAAAAUUCUUCUGAAGGGACUAGGAAUCGAGUCAUUCUUCGUGAAAAUAUCAAAGCGUAAGUCCAGAGAAACAUCACAAACAUGUACAUGCACAAUAUGUGACCUGGUAAAUUGUAAGUAGCAACUCAACAUCAAUAUGAAACUUUCUUUUGUGGACUCCUAAACUUUUCCUGGAAAAUGUCUCUUUCCUGACGUUGUAAUUCUGUGGCUUUGUUGCUGGAACUACUGUAACAAAGAGUUGGGACAAAGUGUCAUUCCCAUCCCUUUUUCUCCAAACAAUACCCGGUUCAAUAAGCAAUAAACCCAUUUGUCCCUA